CUUUGGUUUCUGGUUUAUGUGUGUGUGAGUGUUUUGUGACCAGCUGAAAAUGGCGGCUUGAAGCGUCGAAUCGUCUUAACUUUAUCGCACAAUAACAAACAUAACAAUAUACACAGCCGUUAUUACAUAACAUGGGGAGAAACUUAACUGGGAACCCGUGCGAGCUUUAGUUCAGAAACGCUACCGUGACCACUACUGCCAAACGGACUUAAGACAGAGAUAAUGGAGGACCCACAUACACGGUACAGCAAGCGCCUGCGUACAGGAACACGCCGCCGCUACCAGGACGAUGGAAUCUCUGAUGAUGAAAUUGAAGGGAAACGGACAUUUGACCUGGAUGAGAAGUUGCGGUGUGACAGGUUUAACUCUGACCUGGUCAAACACAUGGAGGGCAAAGACUUCACAUUUGAGUAUAUUCAGAGGGAAGGGCUCAGGGACCCCCUUAUCUUUGAGAAGGCAGAUGGUCUCGGCAUACAAAUGCCAGACCCUGAUUUCAGCGUGGGUGAUGUCAAGUUGUUUGUUGGCAGCAGGCGCAUUGUUGAUGUGAUGGAUGUGAACACGCAGAAGGGGAUUGAGAUGUCUAUGGCCCAGUGGCGCCGCUACUACGAGACUCCGCCUUCAGAACGCGAGAAGCUCUACAACGUGAUCAGCUUGGAGUUCAGCCACACCAAGCUGGAGAACCUGGUCAAGAGGCCUGCUUCGGUGGACCUGAUUGACUGGGUGGACAACAUGUGGCCCCGUCACCUUAAGGAGAGACAGAGAGAUUCCACUAACGCCAUCAUAGAUAUGCAUUACCCCAAAGUACAGAAGUACUGUCUGAUGAGUGUUCAGGGCUGCUUCACAGACUUUCACAUCGAUUUCGGAGGCACUUCGGUUUGGUACCACAUCUUGCGAGGAGGAAAGGUGUUCUGGCUGAUACCGCCUACCCCCCAGAACCUGGAGAUGUACGAGAACUGGGUUUUAUCAGGGAAGCAGGGAGACAUUUUCCUGGGGGACAAAUGCCAUGACUGUCAAAGGAUAGAGCUCAAGCAGGGCAACACGUUCAUGAUCCCAUCAGGCUGGAUCCAUGCAGUGUACACUCCAGAAGACACGCUGGUGUUUGGGGGGAAUUUCCUUCACAGCUUCAACAUCCCUAUGCAGCUCAACAUCUACAGUAUUGAGGAUCGCACACGGGUGCCAGCAAAGUUCCGCUACCCAUUCUACUAUGAGAUGUGCUGGUAUGUCCUGGAGAGAUACCUCUACUGCCUCACCAACAUUUCCCACCUCACUCCUGAGUUCCAGAAAUACUCGCUAGGCAUAGGACUGACCCCCGCCGACGUUGAAAACAGUUGCCACGCCAGGAAUGGCACCUCCAAUGGAAACGAAAGUGACACUGAAAAUGAGGAGAACAAGAUCAAGAUGGAAGAAGAAGUUAAAGAGGAGGAGGCACCUGAACCUGCCAAGCCGCAGGCCAUCCUGACCCCCUUUGAGCUGGAGGGCCUGUGGAACCUCCUCGGGAAGCUGGAAGAGUUGCCGGCCCACAAGAAGUGUGUCCCUGCUGGGAUCAGGAAUGCUCCAGCCCUGCUCCAGGACAUGAGAGCUCUUCUGCAGGAGCACUCCAGUGAUAACCCCAAGUUGUCCUACACUGGAGAACCCAUUGUCAAGUGGCCCAAAAGGCCAUCAUGGUACCAACCUCCCACACCCCCUCCUGCUCCCGUCCUGUACCGUCCCCGCUUGGGCCCCACCCUCCACAAGACUCUGGGUCAGCGGCCAGUCAAGUCUGCCUCUUCCAUCUCUGCUCUAAGGCGCAGACGGGUGAGGUGCAAGCGCUGUGCUGCCUGCUGCAGGAAGGAGUGUGGCACCUGCCAGUACUGUCACGACAUGAGGAAGUUUGGUGGCCCUGGGCGCAUGAAGAAGAGCUGCAUCAUGAGACAAUGUCUGGCGCCUGCCUUGCCAAACACAGCACGGUGUGCUGUGUGUGGAGAAGGGGAAUCUGAGGAAUCAAACGCCUCCACUCACACACUCAUGGAAUGCUCUAUCUGCGCCCAGAUUGCCCAUCCUGAAUGCAUCAAGGAACCUGGUGAGGGAAGAAUCAACAAGGAUUUACCCAGCUGCUGGGAAUGUCCCAAAUGUUACCAAGGCAAAGACUCUGCCUCAGAGUCUUCCAGUGAUGAGGAAAGUGUGGAGUCAGAGGACUCAACCUCCUUGCAGCCGUCCAAGCUCACUCAUCGGGAGGGCAUUGGUGUGGGUGAAGGGGUGAGAAGAGGGAGACGUGGCAGACCCCCAUCCCGACCCAUGGCACCCCCACCCUCACAGAGACUCCUACUGCAGCACCAACAGAACCGCAAGCGGGCGAGUGCGCUGGAGUUCAGACUCAGGAAGAGGAUAAAACUGGAGCGCAGCAAAAUUUUAGCGAAGCAGUCUUCUCUAGACCGUUCUCCCAGGCUGCUGGGUUCCAGGGUCCUGUCCCGGCUGCGCUCCCCAACCAGCAGACUGUCUCGGGGCAGAGGACGGGGGACCACCUGGGCCAGUGGGUCGCCUUACCGCAGCUCUCCAGUAGGGACAGUGCCCUUCCAGCAUCAACAGCAGUCGUCUUCCUCCAGUCUGGUACUGGAGCCCAGGGGAGAGCCACGAAGAGGGAGGGGAAGAGGUGUGAGACUGCGGGGGGGAGGAGCAGGACGAGGGAUUAGAGGAGGAAGAAGCCACGGAGAAAUGGAGGAGGAGAGUGAGGACAACAGCACCAGCAGCAGCAGCAGUAGCAGCGACGAUGAGGAGGAAGAGGACAGGAGUGAGAAUGGAGUAAGGGGAGGGGAUAAAGAGAAUCAACCACAUGCAAGGAGAGGAGGACGAACAGCCAAAGAAAGAGAGGAGGAAGCAAAUGAGGUGGCCAACCAAAACGGCACAGAGGAGGAGGAAGAGGAGGAGAUGGAGCAAGACAGUCAGUCAGGGGACAGGGACGUCAUGGUGAAAGGCUCGUAUCUGAAAGUGACACUCCAGAAGCCAUCCAGGGCCAAGCGGGACCCAUCAGCCAUCGUCCCCAAACUAGAGGCAGCCAUUUCCCCUCGGACUGCCACUUCCACGAUGCAUAGCCAGUCCAGGGCGCUAGCCCGCCCCCCCAUCAGAAACCACAGCCCCCACCCUGACCAGCACCCUUCACACUCUGACAGAUACACACCGCCACACACCCGCAGCAAACAUACACACUCUCACAGCUCCCAUUCAGAAAGGCUGGAGGUCUCUAAAAGAGCAAGGCCGGUCAGGCCGGCUAAACUGAACAAUGGUGCGUCCUCCUCUUCGUCCUCUCAGGUUCCUCCUCUCCGCAUUCCCUUGUCAGCCCUGCAGGAGGGAGGGAGUGAGGCAGACAGGGAAAACGGAGGGAGUGGGCCUGGCUGUGAAAGGGAGGUGUGGGUAUCUGUCUUCCGCUACUUGAGUCGAGCAGAUCUCUGUGUCUGCAUGGCUGUCUGCAAGAACUGGUACAAAUGGUGCCUAGAUAAACGGCUUUGGUCGCGAAUUGACUUGAGCAUCAAGCGCACCAUCACUCCCCAGGCCCUGACAGGCAUCAUAAAACGACAGCCAGUCACACUGGAUCUCUCCUGGACCAACAUCUCCAAAAAACAGCUCAGCUGGCUUAUCGACCGCCUGCCUGGGCUUAAGGAUCUGAUGCUGUCAGGUUGUUCCUGGUCAUCCAUUUCAGCUCUCAGCUCACCCAGUUGCCCUCUCCUCCGCUCUCUGGACCUGCGGUUUUCUGAUGGGGUCAAAGACUCUCAGAUCAGGGACCUGGUCAUCCCUCCAGGCUGUGACAACCGCAGCCAGUUGCGAACCAUGCAGUGUUUCCGCCUGGCAGGUCUGGACAUCAGUGACUCCACCCUUCGCCUGGUGAUCCGCCACAUGCCCCACCUGACACGACUCGACCUUUCCCACUGCAACAGCCUCACUGACCACUCCAUCAACCUGCUGACCGCUGUGGGCUCAUCCACCCGCAACACACUCACAGAACUCAACCUGGGAGGCUGCAGUAAGCUGACAGACACAUGUCUCAAGUAUCUCCGCCGCCUCUCUUGCAUCUCCCUGCUCGACCUGCGAGGCUGCAAAGGUGUUUCCCGCAAAGCCUGCGAGUCUUUCAUCUCUGAGCUGUCCGUCAACACCCUCUACUGCCUAUCUGAUGAAAAGCUGAUCCAGAGGAUAUCCUAAAGCAUCCACAGCAGAUGUGGUUGAGGUGCAUGGAGGACGCGGGCAGUCAUGACAAGAUGCUGUGUAAUGCAGAAAAAGACUUCAGAGUGUCAGAGAAGGUCACAAGCACCUGUUCUGCACAAGGAGGUUUGGGGUCUAAACUGGGAGCGCUUAUUCACUUUCUGGUAUUGGUGGAAGGGGCUUGUCAGGGCUGGAGCAAUCUUUGUUUUAAAUGUUGUAUACAUUUCUAUUUUCUUCUUUUCAAGUACUGAAAAAGAGACUCAGGAGUUUUGGAGUUUGGGAAUCAACAUUGCACGACAGAGUGGGAGGUCUUUUUUAUGGCUAGCAGUGGGAGAAUAUGGGGAAUUAAUUAGCUAUUGUUAGACUACACAUCCAUCGGGUAACCCAGUGCUUCAUGACAUAGCUGUCUCAACUCAUCUUAAGGCAGUUUCUCAAAUUUUGACGCUGUCACAAACUCUUCAGCUGUGAGAGGGGGAUAAGCAAAGGCUUGGAGAUUCAGCCUUGGGUGUACCUGUUUUGGUGCAUUCACUGGGUCCCCAUAAAGUCAGAUUUAUCUUGUGACCAGUUUAUAUUCAUAAUUUGACCUCAGUUACUCUUAGGUUCUUGAUUAGGUUGAUAAAAUUUAAAGGCUGGUGAGGUCUCGUUGGAUUGUUUUUCGUGAGUCACAGACCCAGGUCUUUGCAAGAUUUUAUGAUGCUUUUCGCACAAAAGUGAUGCCUUGUUGGCACUUUUUUCCCUCGCACGACUAAAGGCAAAAGGUCUGUCAUGUCACAGUAAAGUGAGAUACUGAAAUAGCAUGUAUGUAUCAGUUGUAUGAAUGACCUGGUCAGACAUUUGGUUACAGCUUCCCUAUGGUAUACUUAAGUGAUCUGACUGUAGUUAGUCUGAGUCUCACCCUGACAUGAGGGCUUGAGAGGCUGCAGAGAAUAAAAGGACUGUGAGAAGGCAAUCGACAUGGCAACAAGACCACUCCCCAUCCAGGGCGGGUUUUAGUAGUUGUAAGGUUUAAGGGUGUGAGUUUAGGCAAGGAGUAGGUGUCAUAUAAAUGGUGCAUCAAACAACCGUUAGAAUUCAGGUGCUAUUAUUCCCAAACUCCUCUUGCUUUGUUUUUGUACAGAGAUAAAAAAUUUAGAACAAAAUGUUAAUAUUCUAGAAAAACUCCUCCCUACCCCUCUUUGAUACACACACUUUUGUUUGUUUGUCAUGGAUGAAAAUGUGAGUACCCACUUUUCACUGAAUUUCAGUCUUUUCAGAAAUCAUUGCAGAAAUGUAUGAGGUUUUUUUUUUUUUUUUUUUGAGAGGUGCUUAAUUUUCUGUUCCCUUCAAGUCUAGUGGUUCUGUAACAAGGGUCUCUUACAAGAUCCUUCUCCUUGCCAUAUCCCUAAAAAGAAUAUAAAUAUAUAAAUAUAUACUUUUGUGUAAAUGUGUUCUCCUCUUUUAGAAUAUGAAAACGAAAAUCCUGUAGCAUUGUAAUUAUUUUCAGAAGCCUUUUUCACUUUAUGUUAUUGUUUGUGUUAUUUUUCAAGAAAAAUAAAAAAAUGGUAAAUAAGGGUAAA